UUUCCCGCGCAGGCUACUCCAGUUGCAGUCUUACGGCGCGGCCAUUCGUGCAGCAGCUUGCGCCGCCGCCGUAAUGGGCUUCCUGAAACUGAUUGAGAUUGAGAACUUUAAGUCGUAUAAGGGUCGACAGAUAAUCGGACCAUUUCAGAGGUUCACCGCCAUCAUUGGACCCAAUGGCUCUGGUAAGUCAAAUCUCAUGGACGCCAUCAGUUUCGUGUUGGGUGAAAAAACCAGCAACCUGCGAGUAAAGACCCUGAGGGAUCUGAUCCACGGAGCUCCUGUGGGCAAGCCAGCUGCCAACCGGGCCUUCGUCAGCAUGGUCUACUCUGAGGAGGGUGCCGAGGACCGCACCUUUGCCCGUGUUAUUGUUGGGGGUUCCUCUGAGUACAAGAUCAACAACAAAGUGGUCCAGCUACAUGAGUACAGUGAGGAAUUAGAGAAGUUGGGCAUUCUCAUCAAAGCUCGUAACUUCCUCGUCUUCCAGGGUGCCGUGGAAUCUAUUGCCAUGAAGAACCCCAAAGAAAGGACAGCUCUGUUUGAAGAGAUCAGUCGCUCUGGAGAGCUGGCCCAGGAAUAUGAUAAGCGAAAGAAGGAAAUGGUGAAAGCUGAAGAGGACACACAAUUUAAUUACCACCGUAAGAAAAAUAUUGCGGCUGAACGCAAGGAGGCCAAACAAGAGAAAGAAGAGGCUGACCGCUACCAGCGCCUGAAGGAUGAGGUGGUCCGAGCUCAGGUACAGCUGCAGCUCUUUAAGCUUUAUCACAAUGAAGUGGAAAUCGAGAAGCUCAAUAAGGAACUGGCCUCUAAGAACAAGGAGAUAGAAAAGGACAAGAAGCGUAUGGACAAGGUAGAGGAUGAGCUGAAGGAGAAGAAGAAGGAGCUGGGCAAAAUGAUGCGGGAGCAGCAGCAGAUUGAGAAGGAGAUCAAAGAAAAGGAUUCAGAAUUGAACCAGAAGCGACCUCAGUACAUCAAAGCCAAGGAGAAUACUUCCCACAAAAUCAAGAAGCUGGAAGCAGCCAAGAAAUCUCUACAGAAUGCUCAGAAGCAUUAUAAGAAACGGAAAGGUGACAUGGAUGAACUGGAAAAGGAGAUGCUCUCGGUGGAGAAAGCCCGGCAGGAGUUUGAGGAACGGAUGGAAGAGGAGAGUCAGAGUCAGGGCAGAGACUUGACCUUGGAGGAGAAUCAAGUGAAGAAAUACCACCGGUUGAAAGAAGAAGCUAGCAAGAGAGCAGCCACCCUGGCCCAGGAGCUGGAGAAGUUCAAUCGAGACCAGAAAGCUGACCAGGACCGGCUGGAUCUGGAAGAGCGGAAGAAAGUAGAGACAGAGGCCAAGAUCAAGCAAAAGCUGCGGGAGAUUGAAGAGAAUCAGAAGCGGAUUGAGAAACUGGAGGAGUACAUCACGACUAGCAAGCAGUCUCUAGAGGAGCAGAAGAAGCUAGAGGGGGAGCUGACAGAGGAGGUGGAGAUGGCCAAGCGGCGUAUUGACGAGAUCAAUAAGGAGCUGAACCAGGUGAUGGAGCAGCUGGGGGAUGCCCGCAUUGACCGCCAGGAGAGCAGCCGCCAGCAGCGCAAGGCAGAGAUUAUGGAAAGCAUCAAACGCCUGUAUCCUGGCUCUGUGUACGGCCGCCUCAUUGAUCUCUGCCAGCCCACACAAAAGAAGUAUCAGAUUGCUGUAACCAAGGUUUUGGGCAAGAACAUGGAUGCCAUCAUCGUGGACUCAGAGAAGACAGGCCGAGACUGUAUACAGUAUAUCAAGGAGCAACGUGGGGAGCCUGAGACCUUCUUGCCUCUUGACUACCUGGAGGUGAAACCUACAGAUGAGAAACUGCGGGAGCUGAAAGGGGCCAAGCUGGUGAUUGAUGUGAUUCGCUAUGAGCCACCUCAUAUCAAAAAGGCCCUGCAGUAUGCUUGUGGCAAUGCCCUCGUCUGUGACAACGUGGAGGAUGCUCGUCGCAUUGCCUUUGGAGGCCACCAGCGCCACAAGACAGUGGCACUAGAUGGGACCCUGUUCCAGAAGUCAGGAGUGAUCUCUGGCGGGGCCAGUGACCUGAAGGCCAAGGCACGGCGCUGGGAUGAGAAAGCGGUAGACAAGUUAAAAGAGAAGAAAGAGCGGUUGACAGAGGAGCUGAAAGAGCAAAUGAAGGCAAAGCGGAAAGAGGCAGAGCUACGUCAGGUGCAGUCUCAGGCCCACGGACUGCAGAUGCGGCUCAAGUACUCACAGAGUGACCUCGAACAGACCAAGACACGACAUCUGGCCCUGAAUCUGCAGGAAAAGUCCAAGUUGGAGAGUGAGCUAGCCAACUUCGGGCCUCGCAUCAACGAUAUCAAGAGGAUCAUCCAAAGCCGAGAGAGGGAGAUGAAAGACCUGAAGGAGAAGAUGAACCAGGUAGAGGAUGAGGUGUUUGAAGAAUUUUGUCGGGAGAUUGGUGUACGUAACAUUCGGGAGUUUGAGGAGGAGAAGGUGAAGAGGCAGAAUGAAAUCGCCAAGAAGCGUUUGGAGUUUGAGAAUCAGAAGACUCGCUUGGGCAUCCAGCUGGACUUUGAGAAGAACCAGCUGAAGGAGGACCAGGACAAAGUGCACAUGUGGGAGCAAACAGUGAAGAAGGAUGAAAAUGAGAUAGAAAAGCUCAAGAAGGAGGAGCAGAGACACAUGAAGAUCAUAGAUGAAACCAUGGCUCAGCUCCAGGAUCUGAAGAAUCAACACCUGGCCAAGAAGUCAGAGGUGAAUGACAAGAACCAUGAGAUGGAGGAGAUUCGUAAGAAACUGGGGGGCGCCAACAAGGAAAUGACCCAUUUACAGAAGGAGGUGACAGCCAUUGAGACCAAGCUUGAACAGAAGCGCAGUGACCGCCACAACCUGCUACAGGCCUGCAAGAUGCAGGACAUCAAGUUGCCGCUGUCUAAGGGCACCAUGGACGAUAUUAGUCAGGAAGAGGGGAGCUCCCAGGGGGAGGACUCCGUGAGUGGUUCCCAGCGGACUUCCAGUAUCUAUGCCCGAGAAGCCCUCAUCGAGAUUGACUACGGUGACCUGUGUGAGGAUCUGAAGGAUGCCCAGGCUGAGGAGGAGAUCAAGCAGGAGAUGAAUACACUGCAGCAGAAACUAAAUGAGCAGCAGAGUGUGCUGCAGCGGAUUGCUGCCCCCAACAUGAAGGCCAUGGAAAAGCUGGAAAGUGUCCGAGACAAGUUCCAGGAGACCUCAGAUGAGUUUGAGGCGGCCCGAAAGCGAGCCAAGAAGGCCAAGCAGGCAUUCGAACAGAUCAAGAAGGAGCGCUUUGACCGCUUCAAUGCUUGUUUCGAAUCUGUGGCCACCAACAUUGACGAGAUAUAUAAGGCCCUGUCCCGCAACAGCAGUGCCCAGGCAUUCCUGGGCCCUGAAAACCCAGAGGAGCCCUAUUUGGAUGGCAUCAACUACAACUGCGUGGCCCCUGGCAAACGGUUCCGCCCUAUGGACAACUUGUCAGGGGGAGAGAAAACGGUGGCAGCUCUGGCCCUGCUCUUUGCCAUUCACAGCUACAAGCCAGCCCCCUUCUUCGUCUUGGAUGAGAUCGAUGCCGCCCUAGAUAACACGAACAUUGGCAAGGUGGCCAAUUACAUCAAGGAACAGUCGACCUGCAACUUCCAGGCCAUCGUCAUCUCUCUCAAAGAGGAAUUCUACACCAAGGCUGAGAGCCUCAUUGGCGUCUACCCUGAGCAAGGAGACUGUGUGAUCAGCAAAGUCCUGACCUUUGACCUCACCAAGUACCCAGAUGCCAACCCCAACCCCAAUGAACAGUAGUACUUCUUCCCUCCCACCCUGUUGAUCCCAGAGCUGCCCAUCUCCCAGUCUCUGGAUAUUUGUCUCCCAGCCUUCCCCUCCCUCCUGUGUCUGUCUGCUAUAGUCACGGCAUUUAGGCACUGCUGUCCAGCGCAAAGAGGAACGGAGGUGAUGUUAGGUCUGGAGCAAAAACUGAGCUACAGGGAGCAUCCUGGCCUCUGGAAGGAAUUGCUGAGCUGAACAGGGCCAGCUGCCCCUUCCCACUUCUCCUGCUCCCAGACGUCCCUUCCCAUCAUCCAUAAUCAUGGGUCUGUGAGACCGCUUGCAUUCUGCAUGUGUGUGGGGAUAAGUGUGUGUGUGUGUGGGGGGGUAUGUUUGCAAAAUAAUAAAGAUAUUGCAGAUUCA